AUGGAAAGCAGGCCGCUUUUUAAUUGCGCGAAAGGAGGUUCCUUGAACGUUAACGAUGAAAUUGUCACAGAUGCUGCUAUAAUGACAACACGCGAUGCUGGAUGUGUAGGCGCUGUUCGUGACAUAGAACAUCCUAUUUCUUUGGCACGAAAAGUAUUAGAGAAAACGGGACAUGUUCUAAUCGUUGAAAAUGGAGCUCAAAAGUUUGCUUUGGACAACGGAAUUCCAAUUUUACCGCCAGGAAGUUUAAACACAGCCAAUUCAUCAAGCUUCGAAUCUUUGACAUACUGUAUGAAUGAAGAAGAAAAUGAAGAAAAUAAAUGGAAUGAUGAUGACGAGAAUAGGAAAAAAGAAUGUGAUUCGGAUUGCUUUAUAAAUCGAUCUUUAGACGGAGAAGAGUACUGUGUAUUAUCAAGCGAUUUAACAGAUUGGGAUGAUCCAAUGAUUUUACAGGUAAUAUUAGGCCGGUUAGAAAAUUAUAUAUGUAUAAUCUUAGUUUUUAAAAUUUUGUAA